AUGGGAUUGGUUCUUGGAAAGAUUACUGUAGAAACUCCAAAAUAUGAAGUGAUUCAAUCGUCCGAUGAUUAUGAAAUCCGUAAAUAUGCCCCUUCAGUCCUUGCAGAAGUCACAUAUGAUCCAUCUCAAUUCAAUGGGAAGAAAGAUGGUGGGUUCAUGGUGCUGGCUAAUUAUAUUGGUGCCUUAGGCAAUCCACAGAACACCAAGCCUGAAAAGAUAGCCAUGACAGCCCCAGUUAUAACUAAAACUGGUGGAGAAAGUGAAAAGAUUGCCAUGACGGCUCCUGUUGUGACCAAAGAGAGUGAGGUAGAAGGGAAGAAGAUGAUGACAAUGCAGUUUUUGUUGCCUGCUAAGUAUAACAAAGCAGAGGAGGCACCCAAGCCGGUGGAUGAGAGGGUGGUGAUAAGGGAAGAAGGGGAGAGGAAAUACGGGGUGGUAAAGUUUGGAGGUGUGGCAACAGAGCAGGUUGUGGCAGAGAAAGUGGAGAAGCUGAAGAAGAGCUUGGAGAGAGAUGGGCAUAAGGUGAUUGGAGAAUUUUUGUUGGCAAGGUAUAAUCCACCUUGGACUUUGCCUCCUUUGAGGACUAAUGAGGUUAUGAUCCCAAUCGAGUGA